AUGUCCACAGAUGACAGCGUCUCUGAGGACGUGUCCAGCUCGGGGCCCCGCAGCCACUCCCGGGCCGGCGGCGGCAAGAGUGAGGCGUCCCCGCUAUCCUCCGAGGCUACCACGGCCUCGGGGCUGGGGGUCUCUGAAGGCGGAUGCUCGGUCUCCCAGACCACGGGGGGCACUGUGGCCAGCCAGACUGUCAAGCUCACUCCAGCGUGUAACAAGAUCAGGGAUCUCUGUCUGAGCACAGAGGAUGAUGCGUUCACCCCAGGCAAGAACCUCCCGUUCAUCAAUCCGAGUUCCCUGGAGACACUUCGAGCCCUAGUGGAGGAGAUACGCAGUGGUGGCGAGACGGACCCGCAGGUCUGGAAGGACUGCGAGGGCCGAUGGCUGCAUCUGUUCCAGCUGGUGGAGAAGCAAUAUCAGGAGCAAAUCCUCGCACAACAAGAACAGUACCAGUGCCAAAUACAGUUAAUUCAGGAUGAGAUCAAAGCGUUGGUGCAGCUUCAGAACCGGCCACCGCAUGCAGACAGCGCCACAGUCCAAACCGGCGACCGCGGCACCGCUAAGGACCUCCUGUUGCCUCUCAUGGCCGGUGACUGUCCCUUCCCGGCUCACGCGCCUGGCGACAGCCCGGCCGCCCUCUCCCCGUUUGGCUCCCCGUCGCCGCCUGGCAACCAGCCGGCUGACGAGCGGGCCGCCACAGGACUCAGCAGUGGCUACGGCACGCUCUCGGCCCGGGAGACUGGAGAGAUGCCAGAAGAUGCCGAGGCUCUCGGCGAGGAUGAGCCGUUGUCGGCCUGCCAGCAGAAAACCUCAGGUCAGGUUCUGACCUCCUGGGCUUUGAGGCAGAAACUGCGCGCCAGGAAGAUCAAGGUAGCGGUUUCCCAAAUUCCCGAGUACCAGGAAUUGCCGCGCAGCACGGGUGAGCCGGUCGACUCCCAGCGUCCCGGCACCGCUUCGUCUACACUGAGGAGGAGCGACAGCCUCUUGUCCGAGACAUCAGGCUUGACCUACUGGCGCCUGAACGAAUGCGACCUCUAUCACCGUCUGCCAGACGCCCUUGAACGCAGCAGUGGCGCCGCUUACUACCUGCAAGAUCCUCCCGCAGAGCAGACUGAGGACCUUGGUGUUUCUCUGCGAGAGAUCUACCGGCACAGGACCAAUGUCAAACAAUCCGACUGGGAACGUUCCGGAGCUUCCACUCCAAUGUCGCUGCAGCCACCACAGGUGGACGGGUUCCACCUUUCCUCCCCAACACCGCAGAGUCUAGACGGAAUCUCCGAUACAUCCCAGGAAGCCCUGUCCACCCCACGGAUCAAGGCCGGUGAGGAGGAGGAAGCCACACAAAACCGCAGUACCAGUCUGAGGCCCGCUUCUGGUUCUCUUGAAGAUCCUGUCGUCCUUUCACUCCUGCGACAGAACCUGAGAGAGAAGCACUCGCGCCACGUAGCCGACCUGAAGGCAUAUUACGAGUGCGAGAUUCAAGUCCUGCGAGACAAGCUGCAGCUGAGAGAUCUGCCGAGUGACCUGGAGAAGAGCAACCGGAUUCUCUCGGAUCGGUGUCAUCAUCUGGAGAAAGCUCUGGCUGAUGCCAGCAGACGCAUUGAGGGGUUGGAGGAAACGAACGCCUCGCUGGAGAAAAAGCUGGCCGAGUGGCCUGAGCGCUACGCGGUAGCCGGCGCCGCCGUCAAGUCGCUGCGUCAGCGUCUGGAGGAUAGCAAGCGUUCCUGCAGGGAGAAGGCUGCGGCCGCCGCGCAGGCUCGACGGCGAGCUGAUGACAGCGAGGCCAGGAGGGAACGGGAGGACCGAGCCAAGAAGGAGCUGAUUGCACAAUACGACUGUGUGUUAAAGGAUAACGACAGAUUGAAGAGCAACCUGCUGUCAACAGAGGACAAACUUUACCAAGCCAACAAUGUAAUUUCAGACUUAAAAAGAACUAUUUCUAAAUUGGAGUCUCAAGUCCGACAGCUGGAACACGAGAACCAGGCGAGGGUUCGCCAUACCGCCCGUAGUGACCCCCGGCCCUCCGGUGCUGGUCUUUUCCACCAUCCCGACCUGCUGCGUUCACCUGGCAGAGCCGACGCUGAGCCGGACGUCACCCGUAGACGGUCGCCCCGUCCUGAGGUCCCAUCGUCCGAGCAUGCGUUAGUUUCCGACACCUCCAUAAGGAGUACGUCCCCCCGCGACCCCGACCGAACGCCGCCCCCGUCCAGGCUUCGGGAGGAGGGCGCCGGUCUCUUGACGCCUAUCAUGAGGGCGUUGAUCGAGAUGGAGGAGACUCGAGCCACCGAAAGCAGAGCUCCCUGGCUGGCCAAUCACAGGCCAUCGACGUGCGGUGUAAAAGCUCCGCUCAAAAGUCAGAGGAGCUUGUCCCCAGACGGUCACCGAUCCUCCUCGCUGCCCCCGGCAGCAUUACGGAGCACCAUCACUACCACGCCGUCAAAGAGAGAGACGUUGCUUGCCCCGUUGCCGGCUAAGGGCAGCCCCAAGCGCUGCCCCUCCGAGAACUACUCCACCGCCUUCGGUCACAUGAUGCCGCGCGAGGAGCAUCUCGGAAACAGAUGUGAUGCACACGUCGACCACACGAGGCGCCAUUCCUUCCACAGCAGCAGUCCCAGGAAGAAACUCCACUUCGAGUCAUCCGACCAGCAAGACGUCGACGCCGGCCGCAACGACCAAAUUCAGUCGUUGGAGGAAGCCGAGAGACUUUUUGACGAGCUCACGCGGGAAAAACAAGAGAUCGAAGCGACUCUCAGCCGCAUGCCGCCGUCGUCCUCGGGCGCUCGAGUGAGCAUGAAGACCAGAAUGGACCAGGUGGCCUUAGAGGAGCGGCUGGAGCUGGUGAACCGAGAUCUUGGGGCCAUCCGCAUGACACUCAAGAGGUUCCACGUCUUGCGCUCCUCCGCCAGCAUGGCGUAG